GAGCGCCCCAUAGCGCUCCAGCCCCAUAGCGCUCCAGCCCCAUAGCGCUCCAGCCCCAUAGCUAUGGGGCGCCCCAUAGCGCUCUGGCCCCAUAGCAUUACAGCCCCAUAGCGCUUCAGCCCCAUCACUGUGGGGUGCCCCAUUCCUGCUGGACCCCAUGGCUGUGGGGCGCCCCAUAGCGCUCCAGCCCCAUAGCUAUGGGGCGCCCCAUAGCGCUCCAGCCCCAUAGCGCUCUGGCCCCAUAGCAUUACAGCCCCAUAGUGCUUCAGCCCCAUCACUGUGGGGCACCCCAUAUCUCCGGGACCCCAUAGAUGUGGGGCGCCCCAUAGCGCUCCAGCCCCAUAGCUAUGGGGCGCCCCAUAGCGGUUGUGCCCCACAGAUCGGUGCGGUGGCUGGACCGCUGCAUCGCGGCCCACGGGCGCCCCACGGAGCAGAACCUGUUCGCCAUCAUCCAGGGGGGGCUCAGCCCCACACUGCGCCGCCGCUGCCUCGAAG